GAGAGAGAGAGUGAGAGAGGAGAAAGGAGGGGGAGAGAGGGGAACACAGGAGAAGCCUCCAUGUUUCAGCUGCCCAUCUUGAAUUUCAGCCCCCAGCAGGUCGCCGGGGUCUGCGAGACCCUGGAGGAGAGCGGGGACGUGGAGCGGCUCGGUCGCUUCCUCUGGUCGCUGCCCGUGGCGCCAGCGGCCUGCGAGGUCCUCAACAAGAACGAGUCCGUACUGAGGGCUCGCGCCGUCGUCGCCUUCCACACGGGCAAUUUCCGUGAACUCUACCACAUCCUGGAGAACCACAAGUUCACCAAGGAGUCGCACACGAAGCUGCAGGCGCUGUGGCUCGAGGCGCACUACCAGGAGGCGGAGAAGCUGCGGGGACGCCCGCUGGGGCCCGUGGACAAAUACAGGGUGCGCAAGAAGUUCCCUUUGCCCAGAACCAUCUGGGAUGGAGAGCAGAAGACGCACUGCUUCAAGGAGCGAACCCGGCACUUGUUAAGAGAAUGGUACUUGCAGGAUCCCUACCCGAAUCCCAGUAAAAAGAGGGAGCUGGCUCAGGCCACUGGACUCACACCCACGCAAGUGGGGAACUGGUUCAAAAACCGCAGACAAAGAGACAGAGCAGCGGCUGCGAAGAACAGGCUCCAGCAGCAGGUUCUCUCCGGCGGCUCGGUUCGCUCUCUGGCGGACGAGGACGGCACCGUGGACCGGCUCGGGAACUCGUCCAGUCCGGAGGCGAGUCUGUCCAGCAAGGCCGCCGCAUCCGCCAUCUCCAUCACCUCCAGCGACAGUGAAUGUGACAUCUGACAUUUGACGCGCGCACGUGCACCGCGUGCUGAUUCCGCUGCUGAUGAUGCUGAGGAUGAAUUAGAGGGAGGGGAAAGAAAGACAAUCUGACAAAAAGAAACAAGUCAUAUAGUGCCUGCAUUGAGUAAACACACACACACACACACACACACACACACACACACACUGAUAGUGACUGAUGCCAAAUCGUGGAUCUGAUGUGACUGUGCGUCCUGUUCCUUUUUAGGCCAACACACACUUUUUAUUUUGCGUUUUACCCACGCGUGGAUAACUGAACUUAAAAUGGACGAAGCAUAUUUCACGGACUAAUAUUUAAAAACAACGCCCUGAGAAGAAAAAGGAAGAAAGGUUUAAAAAAAAAAAAGGAAAAAAAAAAGAAAAGAAAAGGGCACGUGAGCGCCUCAUCUAAGCUCUUCUCUGUGGGUAUUUCAUGUUGAAAGAGAACUGUGAUAUUUUCCACUUUACUUUCAAAGUUUUAUAAAUAAUGUUUAUUUGCCUAUUUAAAAAAAGAAGAAGGAGAAAGAAACAAUCUGCUCUGUCUCUCUGGAUUUCAUAUUCAUUUGCUUGGUGUUUUUUAAUACUUACCUUGUACACAGGUGGACCUGUUGAGCAUGCGCGCUUUAGUGACAAACAUGUGUGUCCGUAACGUCUCAAAAAAAUCAAUAAAUAAAUAAAAAUAAUUGUCCAUGAAACGA